GUCAAAUGUACAGUUUAAUUGCAGCUCAAAAUGCUUUCAAUUGCAAAACAUACACUUUUACUUGUACUUCUGUUGUAUGUGGUGCCUUCGCCAAUUGUGGCAGUUGGUCAAGUCAAGUCUCUCCUCUCUGAUCUUGUUGCAAAUUUAACUGGAGAUGUGACUUCCACGAUUGUUUGCGUUCAGGACGGCGUAGCCGAUGCUUUGGAGGAUUUGCUGAAUGGCGUCACAGCUAGCAAUUUAGGGUCUACGGUGAUAGCAGCCAUAUUGCCAGUUUUGACAAAAAUUGAUACUUCGUUAGUAAAUAUUUUGGCUCUGGUAAAUAGUUUGCUUGCUACCGCCACUUAAAAUUUUAAUAUUGCA